AUGCCACGACCAAAACGCCAAACGCGCACGACGGAUAUGUCCAUCCUCGACAGCAACGAGUUCUUCUCCGACGAGUCGAGUUUUUACGGCUCCGAAGACGAAAAAGCCCGCCUGGAAUAUCUCGCCAAAACCUACGACCCGGGACCCUACUGGGAAACCAUCCAUCCGACUCUCUACUCCACAAUCCAACAUGACGCCCUAGCUGUCUCCAAAAAACAACCCAUAUCUGAAAACAACCCCCCAGCCAAACCCAAACCCAGCCAGCACCCUGUCCACUUCGAGCCCGAAACACCCACAUCCACUGCUGCGCACAACGCCCGCAAACGCAACGAACCUGUUCACGACUUCCUGGCCCGGUUACCGCCCUCUGAAACCGAGGCGGCGGAUGUUGGGCCGUGGAUCUAUGUCGAUCAUCCCGGGGCGCCGCAGGGGGAGAAGGAUAUUGCCGGGUUGGUUGGGCGGGGGACGGAGAUGUUGAGGGCGUUUGAGGAGAGGAAGGUUGCGGUGGAGGUCGAGAUGGAGGGCGCUUCGGCGCUGGCGCGGGGCCGGAAGUUGGUGCCGUUGCGGCGGGGGUUGGAGAGGGAGAUCUUUGCGCUGGCGAGGGAGACCGGAGUGGUGUCGGGGAAGUGGAUGUUGUUUCUUGGGGAGGAGGACGUGGAUCGCGUUUGGGGCGUUGUGGUGGAGGAGACUAUCGAGGGUCGGUUGGGCUUUGCGGCGAAGGUGGCCACGCGGGAUGGGCGUGGGAAGGCGAGGUUGUUGGCUAUCUAUACCCGGGAUUUUGGGGAUGUCGACGAUGUGCGCCGGGUGUUGGAGCGGUUGGUCGAGCUGGAGUUGGUCAGGAGGGAGGAGAGGCCCAUCUAUUAUAAGUGUGAUGCUUAUACCUAUCUGGAGAUUACAAGUGGGAAUUCGUAUGGGUUGAAGGCGAGUAUGUUUUCCAGUCGGGAGGUUUUGGAGCGGAAAGUUUGA